UUCGUUAGAUCUCGUCUUAGUAGACGCAGUUAUAAUCGCGACAUCGUGAUCGUCACGAGUUAACGUUUCGCACUGAGGCCAAAGAUACAUCACGCGUUUUUGAGUUACAAUUUACAGCGAGAAUGAUCAAAACCCAUCACUUUUUGCCUUGCGAUCGUUCGUGUUGUCAUUAUUUGAUGCUCCGAUAAGGGCUAAAAUUUGAAAUUCUGAUAAAUUGGGCACACGCUCAUACAUUUACAGUUCGUUUUAUUUGUAUUCCGACAAUAAAGUUGGGUUUUUUUGUAAAAUAAGUGGUUAUUUUUAAUAAAAAUGCCUGGCUGUGGCAGUAUUCAGCCGAAUAUUCGUGUCCCAAUUGACACUAACGAUCAAUCUGACACAAUAAAGGGAGCUGAGUAUAUCCGUGUCUCAAAAUUCUACAAGGACAGCAAGGAUGGUAAAUUUGUCAGUUACAUUCACGAAGAUGUGCGCACACUUUAUGAUUCCUUUCGCAAAGGAGCUAAGGAAUCCAAUAAUGGACAGUGCCUUGGUUGGAGGGACGGACCAAAUAAGCCUUACCAGUGGUUGAAUUACAACGAAACGUUAUUGCGAGCCAAGAACCUGGGAUCUGGACUGCUGGCUUAUGGUUUAACACCUGGACCACAAACACUCGUGGGUCUUUACAGUCAAAACAGUCCCGAAUGGGUUCUAACUGAACAAGCGUGUUACACAUAUUCGAUGGUCGUUGUCCCGCUUUAUGACACACUUGGACCUGAUGCCUGUGCCUACAUUAUCAAUCAAGCGGAAAUUAGUUUAGUUAUUUGCGAGGAUGAUAAAAAAUGUAAUUUAUUACUCGACAAAGCUCCUCGGUGUCUGAGGAAAUUAAUUGUAGUAAAAGAAACACGUCCAGCGACAAUUCAACGGGCGAAAAACCGCGGAGUCGAAUUGUUGCGAUUCGAAGACGUUGAGCGUCUUGGAGCACAAAAAAAUUUUCCCGACGUACCACCUAGGCCUACUGAUCUAUGCACAAUUUGCUACACUUCUGGUACUACGGGUAAUCCAAAGGGUGUGAUGUUGAGCCAUCAGAAUGUUAUGGCAGGAGUAUGCGCAGUUUUGCUGCAGCUCGGUGAUCACAGACCAGCUUCCAAAGAUGUUAUGAUAAGUUUCCUACCCUUGGCUCAUAUGCUAGAGCGAUGCUGCGAGAACGGGAUGUACAUGGUCGGUGGAUCCGUUGGGUUUUAUGGCGGUGAUAUCAAACUACUGCCUGAAGACAUGAAAGCUCUAAGACCUACAGUGAUGCCCGCAGUACCUAGACUUCUUAAUCGUCUUUACGAUAAGGUUCAAGCUGAACUCCAGUCAUCAUUUUUCAAGAGAAUGAUUUUUAACAUGGGGAUAAGUUCAAAAGAAGCUGAGAUUAAGAAAUGUAUUAUCCGAAGCAAUAGUUUUUGGGACAAAUUGGUCUUUAAAAAAAUUCAGGAACAAAUGGGCGGGAGAUUGAGACUAAUUGUCGUUGGAUCAGCGCCUCUGGCCGGAAAUGUUUUAACUUUCGCCAGAUGUGCUCUUGGUUGUCUUAUUGUCGAGGGCUAUGGGCAAACUGAAUGCUGUGCACCAAUUACUCUAACUAUUCAGGGUGAUUACAUACCAGAGCACGUGGGUCCUCCGGUAGCUUGUUGCUGCAUUAAAUUAGUUGACGUACCUGAAAUGGAAUAUUGGGCAGCUAAUAAUCAAGGUGAAGUUUGCGUAAAAGGCACUAAUGUAUUUUAUGGUUACUAUAAAAAUCCCGAAAAAACAGCUGAGGUUAUUGACGAACAAGGAUGGCAUCAUACUGGUGACAUUGGAAUGUGGCUUCCAAAUGGAUGCCUAAAAAUAAUAGACCGUAAAAAACAUAUCUUUAAAUUAUCACAAGGAGAAUAUAUUGUACCGGAAAAAAUAGAAAAUAUAUAUAUAAGAAGUCAAUAUGUACAUCAAGUAUUCGUCCACGGCGAGUCACUCAAGUCAUGUGUCGUCGGAAUAGUUGUGCCCGACGUCGACGUUAUUAAAUGCUGGGCUUCUGAAAAUAGAAUACCCGGUACCCUAAGUGUCCUUUGUGCAAACCCCGAAGUUAAAAAAUUGAUCCACGACGAUAUGUUAACAUGGGGACGUGAAGCCGGUUUAAAAUCAUUUGAACAAGUGAAAGAUAUAUAUUUACACCCCGAUCCAUUUUCAGUACAAAAUGGCCUAUUAACACCGACAUUAAAAACAAAACGGCCUCAACUAAAGGCGUACUUUAAACCUCAAAUAGAGGAUCUCUAUCAAAAUUUAGACUGAUUUCAAUAAUAAAUUAUGUAAAAUAUCUUAAAACACGGAGGGAAAUUUACAGUAACAAUUACAAUAUAUUACGGGAAUAGUUCCCAUAACGCAUGGUAAAUAAUUAUUUGGUAAUGUCGGUUAUAGGAACGACACCCAUACAUAUUAUGGUAAUCAUUACCAUAAUGUUAUAGUAACCAUUACCAUUACAAUAUGGUAAUGAUUAACUUCAUAUUAUGAUAACCAUUACCAUUAUCUACGAUAAUAAUUACCAUAAUGCAUGGUAAUCGUUACCAGAAUGUACAGUUACCAUUACCGUAAUGUAUGGUAACCAUUAUCAGAAUAUUAUAGUAAUUUUUACCAUAAUGUAUGGUAACUAUUACAAUAAUAUUAUAACUUUCUACAAUA